UGGCCAUCUGCAUGUUCGCAGCCUCGUCGCGAGAAGUUUGGAGCCGCGCAAGGGCAUUGACUUCUAACAACUCCAUCGCAGGUCAUAUCGUUAAUUGCGCCACGCCAUUCCCUCACCUUUCCAAAGUCAAACCAUCUUUAUCGUUUCAGCGCGCUAAAUGCUUAGGAACGCGCAUCCUCGGAGAUCAUCAAUCGCAUAACUAGAGAUACCGACACGCCUUGUAUCGUCCAUCGCGACGCUCGCCCACUAUGGCUCAACCGGAUCCUAGCCAGGGCGUCCCUCAGGACCUCAUGCCCCAUGUCCAUCUGAUCUCUUCAUUUCGAUACCCUGUAAUGCCUCGACUUGACCUAAACGAGGUUGCUAAAUGGCUCCUGGCUGCACCACAAGUCGCGCGAGACCGGGCGCCUUUUUUCUGGACAUAUCUAGAUAAACCUACAGACGGCACGAUACUUUUGACCUGGCAACCCCUUCAGCGUCUGGGAACAACCUUCGCAACCGAUGGUUAUGUCUGGGCGCCUCCGGAACAGGCCUACAAGCAUGAUCUGGGCAAUGGACUGAUGCUCGAGAUUUACUACCAGAAAGCUGGUUACAUCCCCGGCGAGCAGUACGCUCUCCACGCCCGUCGACGAUGCCGACUAGUCCCUAUCCCUGGUCAUCCUAACCCUCCUCAACCAGACGUCGGCCUCUUCAUCGUGCAUUACGGACCCGCCGAACCGAAUGACAGAGUUCCUGUCUCUAUGAUUCCCUUUGACGAAAGGGUCAACAGCAUCAUGCAGCAGCGCCACUUUUUGCAACGCGCUGGCCAGAUUCGUCGCAAGGAAUUCAUGUUAUCCGACCGAGUCAACUGGCCUACCCUGCCUGAUCUCACCCGUCAGCCGGUACCUCCCCAGAUGGCCCCUCGAGGCGUUCCUCAACAGAUGGCAUAUCCCACACAACCUGCACCGGGCCCUCCUGCCAAACGAGCGAGGCACGCUGCGGGCCAGAGUGGCCAGCCCCCCCUACCAGGAAUGCCUCAGCUAGACGCUGCCUUCGACGAUGAAGAAGAUGUUUCCCGAGGAGAUAUGUUUGAUCACCUCACUCCAAGAGAGAUUUCUAUGAGCCGAUACCAGCAGAACCACGAGUGGAUGGAAGAGAUCCUCUCAUCUCCUUAUAGGAUAAGCCAGAUCACCCCUGCCGAUCUCAACCUUGGUUUCAAGGGCGAAUUGGCAUCUUUGACUGAAGGAAUCUUUCCCGCGCAAGGAGUCGAUGCCUUCAACUCUGUACCUGAGAAGCCCUAUAUCGGUCGUCUAGACCCUGAAAAGGCCGAUGAAUUCCGCAAGCGAGUCCAUAAUCACAUUGAGUCAACCAAGGCCGAGAUAGAGAAGAUGCAGGCCGACCAUGCCGCAGCUCUUGCAAAGUUCAAGGAAAACUCCAUCCUCAGCACAAAGGAAAAGGAGCUCCGAAGCAUUGUCGAGGGCACAGGCACUGAGAUUUGGCGAAUUGAGGGCAAGGUUGACCCACACGAUGAGGAUGCCGCUCCUCGUCCCGUCAGCACAAAAACGGUCGAACAGAUAGUAUCUGAGGUCGAGAAUGCUACUGGAAAGAAGGUCGAUAUCAAGUCGACAGUAUCUCGUGUUCAAGAUGGAGGAUAUCAGCCCCCAGCACCAGAACCCGUUCAGCCUGACGCUUCGCAACUAUCGCGUCAGCCGUCACAAUCUGGCUCGCAGAACAGCGGCAUCAUGAUUGGCGAAUCUGAUAUCGAUAUGGGUGGCACUGCUGCUGGGUUGCUCGAUCAGAUGCACACUGGCAUUUCCAAUACCUCUACGCCCCUGAACAACUUUGGAACUCCUCAGCCUCAAUUGUCAGCAGCUCAGUCUGGAGCUGGAACACCUUCCAAUGCCAACGCAGCUAGCUCUAGCGAUGACGUGACGAUGGGCGGGACUCAGGGACCAAAGGACCACACUACAGCGCCAGAUCAAGGGACUGGCAGUGGAGACUGGGUAGUUGUGCCUAAAGAUGGCACUGCGAACGAUCAAGCGAAUCAGGGACCUGGCUCGGAUGCUGCUUCUGUCAACACAAACACACCCACUGCUGCAGGAAUUGACACUGCCAAGUCAGUAGCUAAGACUGCGUCUGCUGGCGCCACCCCAGCAGCCGGAACACCCGGCGGCUCUGUCUCUUUUGACCAGAACGACUUCAGCUCCCUCGGCGACCUCGACACAGCAGGUGAUGCCCUUAACUUUGACGGCCCUACGCUAGACGGCGCAGCAGGCGAGCUGGGUGAGGGUCUAGAUCUCGGCAUGGACAUGGACGACUCAGCAUUUGGAGACGCUUUCCACGGCGUUGAAGCUUCUGGAACUCCCCAGGGCCAGGAUAUGUAGAACGCACCCCUGUUUGGCGAGCCGGAGGAAAAAGAGUUCUAUUGAAAAGUGGGAAAGAAUGGUUUUACUGAACGACCGGAAUUGGUUCAAGACGUCGGAGAAUGGCGCGUCUUUGUUAUCAUAGGGAGUUAUUCCCUUUCUUCGGCAAUGGGGGGUUAUAGGAAUUGCUUUUUAUUAAGAGUUUUAAGUACUGUCUCAGAUCACCAAGGCUGGAUGUAGGACAUUAAGCUUUAUGCCUACGCGAUGGAAAACUAGCUUGUAGAUUAGAGGCAAGUGAAAUCCACAGUUGAAUAAUUAAUACGGUCUGUCUUGUAUAUCUGUACUUGAUAUAACAUUAGGUAUCUACCGUGGCGCUGGCCGGACCUCUUGGGCCCGUGAGAACUUAUGAUAGC